UUCCCUCCCUUUUACUGCCUUUGAAGUAAGAGCAGAAAAAGAAAAGAAAAGAAAGCAAAGGUGGAUUGAGGCUUAGAAUUAAGAAUACAAGAGGUUCUACCUAGAGCUAGUGGUGUUGCAUGUGCUUAGGAAUCAUUUGUUCAGUUUAAGAUAUUCACAACAUUCCCAUCUCACAUACAUUUCUAUAUAAAAAGAGUCCCAUUUUUUUGUGCUUAUUGAGUCUCCCUCUCUCUUAUUUCUCUUCUUUUCCUGUUGAGAGGGCCAGUUUCUCUGUAUUCCAUUGGUUAGGCUCAAAUGGGUGAAGCCAAACAGGAAGAAGCAAAGGCAGAGACUAAGCCAGAAGAGAAGAAAGAGGAGAAAGCCGAAGACAAGAAAGAAGAAAAAGCAGAGGAGAAGGCAGAAGAGAAGAAAGAGGAAGAAAAGGCUCCACCUUCUCCUAUUGUCUUGUUUGUAGACAUGCAUUGUGUGGGAUGUGCAAAGCGGGUAGAGAGAUGCAUCAUGAAGUUUAGAGGGGUUGAAGCUGUGGAAAUAGAUAUGGGCCAGAACCAAGUAACAAUAAAGGGAAUAGUAGAGCCACAAGCUCUCUGCAUGAAAAUACAAAAGAAAACAAAGAGAAAAGCAAGGGUCUUGUCUCCAUUGCCUCCACCUGAAGGAGAAUCCAAACCUCAAGUUGUUACAUCUCAGGUAGGUGAGGUGACCACUGUAGUGCUGAAUGUAAACAUGCAUUGCGAGGCGUGUGCACAGCAACUCAAAAGCAAGAUUCUCAAGAUGAGAGGAGUCCAAACCGCCGAGACGGAGCUGAGCAGCAGCAAGGUGACGGUGACCGGCACCAUGGAUGCUGACCGGCUCGUCGACUACGUCUACCGACGAACACGCAAGCUUGCCAAGAUCGUCCCUCAGCCGAGCAACGAAGAAAAGGCUGGAGAAGAGAAGAAACCAGAGGAGAGCCCGAAAGAAGCCGAAAAGCCACCGGAAGAAGCUCCAAAGACCGAAGAGAAGAAAGAAGAGAAUGGAGAGAAGAAAGAGGAAGAGAAACCUCCUGAGAAAGAAGAGAACACUGCCAGCGAAGAGAAGCCAGCUGAAGCAGCAGCCGUGGAAGAAGAACCAAAGAAAGAAGGUGAAGAGAUCCCCAUCAACGACGAUCUGGCGAAGAAGGUGAUGUACUGGCCACCUGUUUAUGUGAUCGAGCAUAUCCCGCCACCACAGCUCUUCAGUGAUGAAAAUCCAAAUGCAUGUUGCAUUUCUUAAGAACGUACAAUAAUACUACAAUGGAAAUAGAGAUUGUAUCA